UUUUACAGUGCUGUGAUUGUAGUUUACCACAGAGUACUCUUUGUUUCAUAUUUUCAGGCAUAUUCGUACUCUGAUGGCCAAGUCUAUGAAAAGAGCAUCACUGACGAUGAUGAUGAGCAGUAUACUCCAUUGUGGUUUGUCAUGGAUGAAUUUGGUUCUUGUAUAAAGCAUUCAGAUGACCCCGCCUUUGCUGUAGCCAUGAUUCAUUAUGCACCUCUUGAGGUCACCUUUUCAGUAUUGUGGCCUUUGAAGGACAUGGAUUAUGGAGAGGAGGUUACCAGAGACUAUCUGCCACAUAUCAAGGAGCCUAUUAUGAGAGAGUGUUGUCUGUUGCCGUGGUUUCCUGAGAAGUUGACAGACAAAGAGUGGAUUGAUAAGUUAUCUGAUGAAACAACGUUGGAAUUUGUAAGAAAUGAACUCAGUGCAUUGCAGACAAAGGACUGGCAGGCUGAAGUUUAUCCCAGCCUAGAGAACACAGAACCUACUGCAUCAAAGCCUGACAGUGGAAAGAUUUAUCUUGUGUUCACUGAUGUUCAACAAGUGAAAGAGUUUCUGACACAUCCAAGAUUUGUUUUAGUAGACAGUAGAGAAGAAGCAGACAUUUUAUGGAUUGGGCAACAUUUUAAAGAUUUCAGAUCUUUACAAGAAAGUGGUCAAUUUAUAAACCAGUUUCCCAAUGAGAAUAGCCUGGUAUGCAAAGAUCUCUUAGCAGCAGUUUGUCAGAAUGCAACUCUCCAUGAAAAUGGCAAGGAGGAUGAUUUGCUCAAGAGGGGACCAGAAUGGCUGCCUGUUACAUUUAACUUAAAUUUUGAACUCCCACUGUUUCUUCUUCAUUACCUCAAAAGAAAAGCAAGGUACACAUAUGGUUGUGUAAUGCUAGUCUGCAUAGCAGGUGUAAAACGGGGGAGACCAGGAAGUGAGAGUUUUUUAAAAAAAUUUUCAUAUAACUUGAACGUGUUCCAUCCACUUACCUGGUUUUGUAGCUUGUUUACCAGCUUAACGAUACUGCAGAAAAAACUAUAUAGAUACAGAAACCUGUAUUGCUUUCUAAUAUACAAUAGUAAUUGCCUUAGAACUCAGUGGAAUUCUAUCGUUUUCCAGGUUGCCUGCAAAUACAUAGAGAAUCCAGUUCUGUUUCAUCGUGAAGAUGUAGGUCAAGUGAAGUUUGACGUUCGCUAUCUGGUGCUCAUCUCCUCAGCGAAGCCACUUGUACUACAUGCAGAUAAAGUGUUCUGGUUAAGAUUUGCAAACCAGCCUUUUUCAUUGGAUUCCUUUGAUGUUUACGCGAAACAUUUCACAGUCAUGAAUUACAAGGAUAGUGAAAAUUUAAAACAGGUGCAUCACCAUGAGUUUAUACCUAUGUUUGAAAAACAAUAUCCUUCUCACAAAUGGGCAGAUAUCGAGAGCAAGAUUUUCAAAAUGUUCCGAGGGAUGUUCGAAGCGGCGAUCUCCGAUUCGCCGCCAAAGACCUUGUUACACUGCGCACAGUCUCGUGCAUUUUAUGCCGUGGAUCUGAUGCUCAAAUGGGCGGACGAUGGUUCAAACGAUAUAAUUCCUCAAGUUCUAGAAGUGAAUUACGGCCCCGAUUGUGAACGAGCUUGCCGUUAUCAUCCAAACUUCUUUAACUAUAUUUUUAGUUUGCUAUUCCUUGGAGAUUCGGAUGGAUGGCCCGUGGAAAAAAUAGCCUGAAACAUCUCUUGCAUCGCUAGAAUUGUUCUUUAAUGUAAUGUCCUCGAUGGUCGUGGUACAAUCUCAAAUUUCGUUGCAAGCUAUCAGUGUUCCGUUGCCCAUCUCUAGAAGCCACAAUCAGUUCCUAAGAAUCUCCAACUUAUAGCUUAGUGGUCGUCAUCGACCUCUGUUGGGAGAGCGCAGCAAAUUGUUUCUUGCGUAGCCUGGGAACAGGCUCCCGGUGAGGACCGAAAAAAUUCGGCGAGCAAAACGAGCCGACGAGCGCGAAACUGAAGAAUUUGUAGAGGGAAGCGAUCUAGGCGAAUUCUUGUUUUCGCGCUUGCUGGGAGCCUGUUCGCAGGCUAUGUCUUGCGUUGAUGACUGAAUCUCUUCCAUGUUACACCAGUCUUAAUUUAUAACAUUUUUUCCACAAUUGUUCUCGAGGAAUGCGAACAAAACAAUCCUUCCAAGCCCGUCAAAUAAGGUCAAGUUUAUUUGCAAUUUCUGUCUAAUCACUAUUACAGCAACCAAAAACAAAUGAUGCUGCAUUUCUUAUCACGUAAGACUCUAUUUAUUACAUGUAAAUAACAGUAAAUUCAAUAAAAAGACUGUCCCACUACACUGAUCUGGGUAGCUGUCUGUCCACCUUUGUAUAAUGUUUCAGUAUUGUGUUCAGUGUUGUAGUUUAUUCCAGUGCCUUGGUUUAUGUAACUUGGCUUAUACAGCUGAAAUAUGUCAGAGAAACAAAUUAACAAGAGGAUAGUCACAAAUAUUUAAUAUAGAAGUAAUAAUAUGGGCCGGUUUGCCCGAUUAAGUUAACCCAGGAUUAGCGAAAAUUUUGAUCCCACUUUUAUAACUUUUAGGUGAGGUUUUUUGUUUAUAUAGUUUGCCCUUCAGUUUUGAAUUUCAGUCAUCUUAGACUACACAAAACAUUAGCAGUGAAAAAUAAGAAAACAAGAAAAAGUAAUACUUUGGAUAACUUUUAAUCGUGGGUUAGCGUUAACCGGCUUUCAAACAAACUCCGGCCUUGGUGUGUUAAGAGUGGCGCUGUUACCGUUCUUAAGUUUGCCAGGUUUGGAAAGUUCAAAAAGUUUCGAUUACAUGACAGCCAGCCACACAACAUGGAUUUCUCUCAAUCAAUAAAAAACACUUGCCCUGAA